GUUCAGCGGGGGCAGCACCACCGUCGCGGCGAUGCUGGAGCGCCUUCGGCGCGAGAUCGACAGCCUGCUGCUCGAGAAGGUCGAGGAGCCCGGCCGGCAGAUCGGCGAGAGCCCCGUGGCACGCUGCGUCGUCAGCCUGCUGCGCACGGAGCGGCCCUCGCCAAGGACGUCUUCGUGCCCGCGCGAACCCCGGUGCAG